ACAAUUCACAUGAGCUCAAGACACGUGCACCAAAACCGUCGCUUAGAUCUUAAUACAACGCCGUAUCUGAGUGGCUAAAAGGGUAUAAGAAAUUAUGCCGAGCGCCCACGAGACCUUCAAGGCUCUCGGCUCUAUCAAUUGGGACGACGUUCCUCAGGAUCAGCUUGAUACUUUCCUCAAAGACGCAUUCACCAAUGCACAAUGCAUAAUCGAUUCGAUCCCGGUAUCCUCCUCGUCCCUGCAACAUAUGGGCUUGCCGCGGUCGGCCACCGACACGAAUCUUUCUUCAUUACCCAACAGAGACUCCAAUUUAUCAGACCAUGCGGCGCAACUAAGAAAGGAAUGGAAAGAAUGCAAAGUCAACCCACGUGAAAAUCCACUGGGAUUGGAUGUUUAUAAAUUAGCUGCUAAGGACGGAAAAGGUGCUUGGUUUGCUAGACGCAGCGUCCACGAUGGCUUCACCUUUGAAAAAUGGAGAUUGGGAUUGGAGAAGGAGUUUGACGAGAGCUUAAAAGUAGAAGGAGGACCUGGCGCGGGGAGCAUCAGAGGGAUUGGUGCUGAUAGAAAGGUCGUCAACCAAACCGUUGAAGGCAUCGGCAAGAUGCGUGUUUAUCAACUAUCAGCUCAAUUCCCUGGACCGACCUCACCUCGAGACUUUAUAGGUCUCCUGCUGAGCUCCGACUCGGUCACUGAUGCUCCCGGUACGCCCAGACACUUUAUGCUGGUCUCGAAACCGUGCGUUCACCCAGAAUGUCCACCACGACAGGGCUACAUUCGAGGCCAGUACGAGUCUGUCGAGUUUAUCCGUGAAAUUCGAGUGGAAAAGCCUUUACGGAAAACCCGAUCAUCAAUAGACCUACCUAAUGACGAGGUUGCGGCGUCGAUGCGGAAAACUACCGAAAACCUUAGCAGAGAAGCCACUGUCCGUUCAGCCCGCCAAGCAGCCGACUCUGCCAACAGCGAGGGUGGAAGGAAACGAGGUAGGACUAUUGGGAGUGCCGACGUUGGAGACGAUCGAGAGGAAGACGACAACUACGAGACCAUGAUCGAAUGGUUGAUGGUUACUCGAAGUGACCCGGGUGGUAGUGUUCCGCGAUUCAUGAUCGAAAGGGGGACGCCACCAGGCAUUGCCGGCGAUGCCAACAAACUAGUUAAAUGGAUCUCGUCGAAGUCUAUUGACGACCUCGCCGAAUCUGAAUCCGAAUCCGACAAUGAAGACGCGAAACCUGAACGUGAGGUAUCUAACGCCGAGCGAGUAGAUUCCGACAAAACGGUCACAGCGAAUUCUACGUCGAAUGCCACUCACCACUCAAAGGCCCCGCAACAAUCAGCUACUAAACAGACAGAAGAGAUUGAGGAACAGCCUGGCUCUGUGGGCGUGUAUGGCAUGAUAGCAAAUGCCUUGAAUGCUGCAGCUUCCGUAGCAGCCUCACACAUCCCUCAUCCCUUCGGUCCGGUUAACGGCGAAGAUGCAGACACGUCGGACCUCACAUCGGAAAACCGGGACGACGACGAAUCGUCUAUCCACAGCUUCCAUAGUCUAGAGGGCGAGGGAAUAGACGAAAAUGAUAAUGCAUCACAAAAGCCGGGAGAAAGUUCAACCCAGCUUACACCUUCGGUCACUAAUGGUGGCGCGGAAUCUAUAGUCUCAAGCGAAUCGCUUACAGCCCACUCAACAGCGCCGUCACAUCACGAGAAAGAACUUAAAAAACUUGAGGAGCGAAAGCGAAAGACGGAAGAGAAGCUGCGGCGGGCUCAAGAGCGGGCGCUCGCUAAGCGAGGCAAUGAAGACACGGAAUCCCAGCGUGAAGAAGCCGCGAUGCAAAAGCUGCGCGAAAAGCACGAGCGCGAGAUAGCAAAGCAGCAAGAAAAGUACCAGCGGGAACUAACAAAGCUAGAAGCGAAGCGCGCUAGCGAGCAGAAGAAGGCCGAGGAACGCCGGCGUAAGGCUCUCGAGCGCGAGGAAAAGACCACACUGGCUAUGGAGCUAAAUAAGGUGCGGGCCGAGCGCGAUAUCGCGCACAAGCAGAUGGAGAUCUUAAAGGAACAGAUUGGCGAGCUGCAAGCCCAGAACACGAAGCUGGUCGCGCGCCUCGGCCGCGAGGGUAUUACCGUGGAUGAUAGCGACGGCUCGAGUUCCCUUGGCGGAAUCAAAAGGUCCAUGACGGAUCAGACGUCGGAUCGAGAUUCCAGGAGCGCAAGUAUAGGGCGUUCGUAGACCGGACGGAAUAUUACCUGCGCGAGCUGUCUCUGUAUUUCGGGCGAGGAGAGUUGCGUUGUUCACAAGAGCUGAUUGAGCUGUGCAUGGCAUAACAUAUCUGUUGCUGCGGAGGAGGACGGAAUUUGCAUAUACUACCUAACCUACGUACAACACAGACGGAAGAAAACCACACAUAAUACCAACAAGUUCAAGUUUAAAUAUCGGCGCGAGAGGCACAUUAGUGGUAAAGAUGGCGAUCGAGUUAUUUGUAAUCCUUGGGCGGGCUACCUUGGUUACUGUUACUACCAGCCUGCUUGGGGAUCUUACGACAUAAGACGAGUUCACGAGUACAUGAGGGAGUCGUUCGGGCGUUUUGUAUCGCAUCAUAGUGUGUUCUAUGUUUAGAGUAGCAAAUAGCAAGCAGGCAAGGCGAAUAAAUAGUA